CGUUUUCUUCUAGAUGUUUUCAGAAAGGUGUUCACGUCAUUUCCAGAUUCCAUGAAGAGAUAAUCUCCAAGGUAUCACUCAAAUUAAGGAGACGGGACUUUUUCCCUCCCCCGCCCUUCUCCACGCACCAGUGGAAGACGAGGGAGGAGACGGCUAAGAGGAGGAAGGGGGAAAAGUGAGAGAAGCAAGAUGAGAAAGGGGUGUUGAAGGAAGAGAUGAGGGCGAGCAGAGAGGAGUGUUAGGGGUGGUGGCGAGCCCCCUGUGACCGCCCGCUCGCCCGCGCUCGGGACCCAGCCGGGCGCGGCGCCCAAGUUCCGCAGCGCGCAGCGGGCCCGCGGCCCCGCGGCCCCGCGAGUAGCCCGGACGCGCGGCUCUCCGGCCGGCAGCUGCCGGCGCCCCGCGCGCUAGCGCCCGCCCGCUCCCGGCCCUGGAGCGCCGCCUUCCCCGCUCCGGACUCCUGCGGGGCAGCGCCCCCGGAUGAGCUAAGAAGAGCCAGUGAGAUUAAAGUAGACUGUGAGCCUUUGGCGGACUUCUCACAAGAACAGGAACUUGAGGAGGCAGAGUGGUGAUGAAAACCGAUCAUUUGAUCUAUCACAAUAUGUUCACUAAAUAUCGAUUGAGUGUCCACUGAUGCAUGGCACUGGAAAACCAUUCCAAAAAGAUAGAGCCAUUAACAAAAAGGGGCCUUACCUGUUCAAUACGUAUGCUAAUUAAUGGUCACAGCUGCAGCCUGGACAUCCUCCUAAAGAAUGCAGAGGGACCUGGAACCUAAAAGAGCUUCAGGGAAGAUAUUUGGUAGAAUUCACCACUGGAACCAUGUGGAAUUUUCCUGAUGGGAAGGUAUCCAUUUUUGCAGCUAUAUUAAUCUUUUAAAACAAACAAAAUGGAUUCCUUAAACUCAUCUGAUCAAAACUUGACUUCAGAAGAACUAUUAAACAGAAUGCCGUCUAAAAUUCUGGUGUCCCUCACUCUCUCCGGGCUGGCACUGAUGACAACAACCAUCAACUCCCUUGUGAUUGCUGCAAUUAUUGUCACCCGGAAGCUGCACCACCCAGCCAACUAUUUAAUUUGCUCCCUUGCCGUCACAGAUUUUCUUGUAGCUGUCCUGGUGAUGCCUUUCAGCAUCGUGUACAUUGUGAGAGAGAGCUGGAUUAUGGGGCAGGUGGUCUGUGACAUCUGGCUGAGCGUUGACAUUACGUGCUGCACGUGCUCCAUCUUGCAUCUCUCUGCUAUAGCUCUGGAUCGGUAUCGGGCAAUCACAGAUGCUGUGGAGUACUCCAGGAAAAGGACUCCCAAGCAUGCUGGCAUUACGAUUACAAUAGUUUGGAUUAUAUCUAUUUUUAUCUCUAUGCCUCCUUUAUUUUGGAGGCACCAAGGAACUAGCCGCGAUGAUGAGUGCAUCAUCAAACACGACCACAUCGUCUCGACUAUUUACUCAACAUUCGGAGCUUUCUACAUCCCAUUAACAUUGAUUUUGAUCCUCUACUACAAAAUAUAUAAAGCAGCGAAAAUGUUAUACCACAAGAGACAAGCAAGUAGGAUUGCCAAGGAGGAGGUGAAUGGCCAAGAUCUUUUGGGGAGUAGUGAGAAAAGCACCAGACUAGUCUCCACACCCUACAUGCUAGAAAAAUCUUUAUCUGAUCCAUCAACAGACUUUGAUAAAAUUCACAGCACAGUGAAAGGCUCCAGGUCUGAUUUCAAGCAUGAGAAAUCUUGGAGAAGGCAAAAGAUCUCAGGCACAAGAGAACGCAAAGCAGCCACUACGCUGGGGUUAAUCUUGGGUGCAUUUGUAAUAUGUUGGCUUCCUUUCUUUGUAAAAGAAUUGGUUGUUAAUGUCUGUGAAAAGUGUAAAAUUUCUGAAGAAAUGUCAAAUUUUUUGACAUGGCUUGGAUAUCUCAACUCCCUUAUAAAUCCACUGAUUUAUACAAUCUUUAAUGAAGACUUCAAGAAAGCCUUCCAAAAACUUGUACGAUGUCGAUGUUAGUUUAAAGAAAGUUUAUCAUUAGAAGGUUGGGGAUUUCUUGAGGUGAAGUAACUAAAUGAAUGAUGAAUAACAAAACAGUUAAACUUUUAGAGGAAAUACAUUAAAACUGCUAAACUUAUAAGAAUAUAAUUUAUAUUUUAAUAGCAACAUGAACAUAAACUUCUUGAGUAAAAGAUGUUUCUUUUGACCAUCAUUCUAGAGUAUUCAAAAUGCCAAGAAAAUUUACUGCUUAUAAACAACAUUUUGCCUAUGCAAUGUCCCUAACAGGCUAACUGAAAAUACGUAUUAGAGUAAUUAUUAUUAAUAACAGUGAUUUUCUAGGUUUAUGGCUUAUGACAAUUACAGAAGAGUAUUCAAUUAACCACAUCUGUAAUUUCUAUAUAAUGCUAUGGUUUUGUUAUAAAAUUCUGCCAUUUUAGAGAAAAGAAAAUUCACCACAAUGCACCCAUUUCUCCUACCUAACCACUCUUGUCCCACCUUCACCUUAUCCUGGGAAAAAUGGGAGGAGGAAGCAGCCAACAAUGAUUCCUAAUAUGACUGGAGGAAAUGUCAGCCAGGAGAUUGAUAUGAUCUUUGUAUUUAGAUAGUAAAGAGUAAUCAUAAAGUGAGUUAGGCAUUGUAAAAUAAUUCUGAAUGCUGAACUUGUGCAUAUUUAACAUUUUCUUUUUGUUCAAUAUGAAUUCCUAGGAAGAUAUUUUCUUAACCAUGUAUUCUCAAUAUUUGAAAUCAAAACCUUACCCUAGUAACAGUAACUCAGGAGAGGGUUCAGGGGAGGUGUUCUAAUUGCCCCCAUGUUGAUUUAGGACUCAAAUUUAAGGCACUAAGUACCCUAGGUUACUCACCAUAGUUAUUGUAUUCCUAAUGCCUUUUUUGAAAUCUAAACUAAACGUCCUUUCUGUUAAUGUUAGCAAGCUCAUUUGCUCACUAAAAUGUCAGUGGUAUUUUGCACUUCAGCAGUUCCAGAUCUUCAAUUUACACAUUAUGUCCCUUUUGUUAGAGAGAAUGUGAUAGGAAUUCUUAGAACUUUCCACUGACUUUAAAAACAUCUCUGGUUUUUCAACUGGUAGAAAUCAACAGGUAAAAAGAUUCAUAUUAUGCUAAUUAUAAAUAUAUUAUAUUUUUUAUAUAUCUCCCAGUCACUUCACUAGUUCAGUAAGCCAAAGCAAUUCCAUUAAGUUUCUCUUCCUGAUUUAUAGACGGAUUUUAUUUUAUUUUUUUUCAAAAAAUUUUUUAACGUUUAUUUUAUUUUUGAGACAGAGAGAGAUGGAGCAUGAACAGGGGAGGGGCAGAGAGAGAGGGAGACACAGAAUUGGAAGCAGGCUCCAGGCUCUGAGCCAUCAGCCCAGAGCCCGACGCGGGGCUCGAACUCACGGACUGUGAGAUCGUGACCUGAGCUGAAGUCGGAUGCUUAACCGACUGAGCCACCCAGGCGCCCCUAUAGAUGGAUUUUAAAAUAAAAUAACCAUCGUUCUGAGAAGAUUUCAUUGCAUUUGAACCUGCAAGUUGAUAGACUGCCUUUUGGAAGGCAUACCAUCAAACAAGACCAUUUGAAAAAUAAUACAUUCCUUUUUUUUAAGCCACACUUUUAUGUGUAUUCUCAAUAUUUUUCCCUGUUCAGGUACUGAAGAAUACAUUACAUUGAUUUUUUACAUAUCUAUGGCAGAUUACUCUCAAUCUAACAAAUAUUUACAGAGUUCUCAUUCUGUAUAAGGCACUGAGAUAUACCAUAUGGAAGAUACAGGAAAUAAUGACAUACAGUUUCUCUUCUUAACACAUUUACAAUUUAAAAGGUGAAACAAAAUGGGGCACUUGGGUGGCUCAGUCAGUAGAGCAUGUGACUCUUGAUUUUGGGGUCAUGAGUUCAAACCCCACCGCUGGGCAUGGAGCUUACUUAAAAAAUAAAAAAGGUGAAACAAAGAAACAAAUGAACACUGUAAUUGAAAAGAAAAAACAAAGAUCUGGCAUGGAAGUUGUUUGCAUAAUUUUGAUGAUUCAAAGGAAAAGUUGAUCACACCUGAUUGAGGAAAAUCAGCAAAAUUUCAUAAAGAAUGUAUUUAAAAUAGAUAUUAAAUAAGCAACCGUUGGGUAAGAGAACUAGAAAAGCAUCCUCCAGGUGGCGGCAACAUCAGGAAUUCAGAAUGAAUUCUGUCAGUAUUUCAUGGGUCUUGUUCAUGAAAUAGCAAUGAACUUGGCAGCUAAUUAGGACAAUAGAAGAAAAAAUUACAAGAGAAUUUGGCCAUUACUGUGGCUGACUUUAAAUGCCAGAAAAAGAAGUUUACAGUCCAUUUCGUUGUAGUCUGUCAACGAGUGGUCACUGAUGCUUCUUAGUAGAAAUAUUACAAGUUCAGAGUAAUUCUAAUGUGUGUGUGUGUGUGUGUGUGUGUGUGUGCAUCUGGCUGUAUUUGAACAGAGAGGGUACUGGUGAUACUGACUUCUUGUUAGAAAGCAAAUCAAUAAUCCAGGCAAGAGGUGAAGUUCUGAACUUGAUUUUGGCAAUGGGAAUGUGAAGGAGAAAACAGAAGAGAGAUAGUAUGGAAACAGAAGCUAUAAGAUACAGCAAAUAGGUUAAUAAGCAGACAGAUGGAGAGACACUGAGAUAACCUGCUCUCAACUGAAAUGAACUCAAGAGAAGGGGCCUGUUAGUGGAAUGAUGAUUUCUGUUUGGGGGCAUGUCAAACACUCAAAGACACAUGCAUGAGACCUCAUAGGCCCUGCUGAGCAGGUCUGGCCCAAGUGAAAAUGACAGGUUUAUAUAAGACUCCCGGCCGCCUCUUUUGUCCUCCUCUCUUCUCUUUAUCUCCCAGGACCCCUAUUGCUGUGCUGACAGUCGAAAGCCUAUUCUAGUCCCUAUCAUUCUCUGCUUGUUCUUCUUUCUCUCACUCACUAAAAUUUGAUUUUAUGAUUUAUUCAUUCAAAGAUCUUGAUAACGUGGAAAUAAUCUGUUGCAUUAAUUUAUUUACACCCAUCUCAGAAAUUUAUUUAGUUAUAUUGGAGACCUCUAAGAGACACAGCCCAUCAACCCAAAGGAACAAAUCUCACGCAGGGUGAGGCCCACCCAAAUACACAUACUACCCUCUACUCAGAGUUGGACUAAAGCUCAAAUCCAGGGAAAUAAUGCUAUCAAAUGACAGACAAGUUAAAUCUGCCUUCAGAGCUCAGGGAGAACCAAGUUUAUUAUUUCUAUGUGUAUGAAAUAGGCUUUAAUCCAAAGGCACCAUAACAUAUGACAGCACUUAUCACUUCAUCUUUAUAUUUCCCUCACAUGUUGAAGGUACAGAUAAUGCCAUCCCUCAUGAACAAGUGACUUCUCUUUGAUCUUUAAAUGUUAGGUAAUGUUGCAGCUAAUAAUCUGCUAUUUUUACAUAAAAAAGAAAACCAAAGGCUCCAAAUAGUAUCACUUAGGCCAAGUCACCUAACUGAGGUGUAAUAUCUAACCUAUUUGGAGUUUAAGCCUCCAUCAGAAAUGUCAGUUUUAACAGUUCAGUCAGGAAUUUUCUGAUAAACACCAAUGAGGUAAUCUAUCACAUGGGCCCUCUCUGUCCUCCAAAGGAAGAUGAGGUCAUCUGCUUGAUGAGACCCCCUGCUCUUCCCCUCAGGGAAAAUGACCUUGCCUGAAACAAUCCUUUUGUUUUACUAAUAACUUCCUUUCCCCACCCUUCUUCCUAGGGAAAACUUCCAUUUGUACAAAUCAUCACAGUUCCUGAAUCAUGAAUCACUUAAUAAAGCCAAUUGGAUCUUCAGAUAUACUCAGUUAAAUUUUUGUUCUGUUUUUUUUUUAAGUUUAUUCAUUUAUUUUGAGAGACAGAGAGAGAGUGGGGGGGAGGGGCAGAGAGGGAGAGGGAGAGAGAGAAUCCCAAGCAGGUUCCAUGCUGUCAGCAUGGAACCCAAUGCAGGCCUCGAACUCACAAACCAUCAGAUCAUGGUGUGAGCUGAAACCAGGAGCCAGACGCUUAACCGACUAACCCACCCAGGCGCUCUGAAUUUUUGUUCUUUAACAGCACUUUCUCAAAAAUUUAAGAAGAACAGAUUACACAAAACAUGAUAUACUUCCCUGAAUAUAUAGGAUUUAUUCUCUCAAUGAAAAUUUCCCAAGUAACUAAAAGCUGAAGAUUUUCACAAAAAAAAAAGAAUAUUUUUUCACAUCCAUAGCAAAUGUAACAAUAUAAUAAUGCACAUAUUUAACUGAUUAGGUACAGAAAGAAAACAUAAAUAUCAUAGAAAGUCGUUAAAUAUUAGAUAAGAAAUAUUUCAAAUUGUACAAUUUUAAUUGUGUAAGAAUUCUGUAAGAAAUAUUUCAAAUGUUUCAAAUCCUGCUACAAUUUCAAAUACGCCAGCACUAGAGAAGUAAAUUGAGAUUUAAUAUUUCCUCGGCUUUUUCUAAAUAUUUUCAAAUAAAGAAUUUUAUAUAAAAGGCAAAGGACAAAACAGCAAAGGAAGAUAGGAAGUCAAACUACUGUAUACUAAAUUCA